UGAAUGAGAUUGCUCAGAUGUGUACACUGAACGACGUAUUAUUUGGAUUACUGGUGUAUUUUAACUGAAGUUUAUCCCGAUGAAAUGUCAUCAUGGUCAGAUAUUGAAAACCUGAUCAUUUUGCGGCUGAAGCAAUGGGAGAAGUUAUGGAACGAGAAGAACUUUGCAGAGCUAGAGACGAUGUACACGCACGACUGCGAACUGGUGCCGGCCGGCAAGAGGUCUCGUAAAGGCAGGGAAGGAUUGGCGGAUUUUUUCCGCGCGCUGGUGUCAAGACUGAACUGGGAUCGGGUCGUCAUGGAGACUGAAGCGGUGUCGCAGGCGUCAGAAGACACUGUUGUCAGUAAGGGAGGUUUCCGGAUCUUUAAACCGGAUGGUUCUCCUGCUGCCGUUGUCGAUCACAUGGUGAUAUGGAAAAAACGAGAUGACGGCUACAUCAUGCUGUUCCACAUGUUCAACUUUGACCCCUAACCCCGGCCUAGAUGACGUGACAUCUGGACCAGGCCAUGCGCUCAGCGCUCAAAUUCCAAAAACCGGUUACGACCAUCGCAUGUAAUGCGCAAGCGCUUCUGGAUUCUGCUUCCGAUAUCAACAAAACUCGUACGGGUCUGGCCACUGAUGCCUGAGCUAUUCAUGCUAAAGCUUACUGCUCUGUACAGGAAGAUGAUGAUACAGCUUUCCAUUCCCGCUUUCAACUUUCAAACAUUUAUCAAAAGACUGAAUCAAGACAAAACUAGUUUUGAUCUUAAAAAAAAAACAACAAAAUCAACCAAAGGUUACCAAGGAUUAUAUUAGUAGGUUGAACGAUUCUGUAAAAAUCCAUGCGUCUCGGCUGAAUGGUUUGAGUAAGACGGCGAAGGUUGUCUGGGAGGAACGAUGUCAGUUGUCUGGGAGGAAUGGUGAAAGUUGUCUGA